AUGUCAUUGUUGAGCCGUUUCGAUUUCUUUACAACGAUAACAUCGUCGCAAGUGAAUUGGAAAGAACAAUUCCAAGGAUGGAGGAGAAGAGUUUCCUUCCUUCUUGCUCUUCUCAUCAUUCUCUCCGUGGUUGGUUUUUCUAUCGGCUACUUUGCAGGUCAUGAUUUGAAAGGAGCCUCGACGUGGCGUCUUGGCUUUGUGAUGAUUAUUUCGGUUGCAUUUGGCUAUGCUCUCGUUCAGUCUUCAUAUGGGUUCGGAGCUCACUUCCGAGUGUUUUACAAACAACAAUAUGAGUUGGUGGAUAUCAAGAAAAUUCAAAAUUCAUCGGAUGAUGAUACUCAAAAACUCAUUCACGAAGGCCAAACGAAGGAAGAAGCAGUGUCUAAUCCUCAUCGUGAUGAAGAAAAAGAACAACCACCUAAGGAAAUUAUUCUCACUCCCGAUAAAGCUCUUCCGCAAUACUCGACUAUGCAAGCUCAUUGCAUCAUGCUUGCGGUGGCUACCUUCCUCUUCUCCAUGCUCUAUAUCAUUGAUAAGGCUGCUGGAUGGCACAUGUACUCUCCAGAGGCUUCUCCCAUGACAAUUUCUAUUGUGAUUGGAGGCUUCUUGUUCGGAAUAGGAAUGCAGCUUGGUGGAUGCUUUGUGCCUCAGGUACUUUGUUCACUAUCGGGGUGGAAGUUUAUGGAGUGUCUAUUUAUUGGUUGUCCAUUGCAGCUGCUAUUCAUUUUACUACAGAAGAAAAACAAGAAAAACCAGAUGGAUUUGAGUGGAGAUGCAGAAGAACAAUCUGGGCUCAUUAAUCAAGAUUAUGAAAUUGAUACUCGCUCACCACUUCAAAAAUUAAUGUCAUUUGUGUCAAUGAUUGUUUUAGAUUUAUUUAUGGACCUUGGCCUUAAUUGUUGGAUUAUUACGAGGAAAAUUCCCAAGUUUUUAGAUGGAUUUUCACUGAAGAGCUUAUCUCAUACGUUUAAGAGUCACAAACAAGGUGAUCACUCAUCAUCCAUUUUCACAACUUUGAAACGAAUUUUGAAUAAUAUUGGAAAUUGGCUCAAGAAUAACAUUGGAAUUGCUAUUGCCAAAAUUAUUGGAGGUAUUUGUAUGGGUAUUGGAGCAAAGUUUGGAUAUGGCUGUAACAUUGGAGCUUAUUUUUCUGGUGUCUCAUGCAUGUCCAUUCAUGGUUAUUCAUGGAUAACCAUGGCUCUGCUGGGUGGAUAUAUUGGAGCAGUGGUACGACCUUUGUUUGGAUACAAGAAGAGAAAAGUUGCUUGUGGAACCGUUUGCAAUACUGCUUCCAUUUAUUAA